UGAGCUGCACGACUUCCCAUUCCAAGACGGCAAAAGAUGUCUAGCAAAUUGCUGUUAUAGCUACUGGUGACUAUUAGUAUUCAUUACAGAAACAAGAAAACAAAUAACAUUUGCACAUUUCUGCUUUAACCCUUAUAGGUUGUAUCUCUAUUGUCAUCUGCGCACAUGUUGGUCGUUGUCACAGCACAGAGGAAAUUUAAAUGACUAGAUGAAAUGAGAGAUCAUCUCGGCUGCAGAUGCUUGCUUGACUUUUUGUCCCAAGAAACAAAGUUAAAUGGUCAGGGCAUGAUUUUACCAGCACAGAAUGUCACCUCACGGAGCAUUUUCUACAUCAAAUAUAGUAGUUGCUCUGUUCACUACAAAGAUAACACUCACUGUAUUUGUACGCAAAUUCAUUGCUUUCGUUUACUGUUCUGAUCUUCUAACCCGCUCUUUACUCUAAAAAGUAGUGACCUUGUCUGUUUUAUCCAGCUUUCUUAAUAUGCAAAAAACAAGUCAUUCAGAGAUGUUAAAAAAAAGCAGUGUGCAUCAUCAGAAGAUAUGAACUUAUAUAACAGAUAUGUUCCAACAUGUGUGUGUGUCAUGGUGAGAUAAAGAAAUGUGGGUGUUUCUUCGUGUAAAGCUGCCAGUUACAUUGAAUCUUAUCAACCAACUGAAACAGUUCUUAGGAGAUGACAUUUCUAACACCUAGACCACAUUCAAAAUAUGUUUACAUUACUUCAUUUAGGUGACAUAGAGUGCUUAACAAAUGUAUUAGACCGCCUGUCAUAAAAACAUUUUUUAGAAAUCUCUCAAAAAUCUCCUUAAAACUAAGAAGUUAUAGUGCUAUUUAUCAAGAAUAUAACAAACUGAAUUCACAUUUUUAUACCCAAAUUUGAGCCGGCACAUUGGACUUCUCUGAAAAGUCUGAAAUUAAUCAACCAAGCAAGCAAUAUUAAACCACAUAAUUUUAUCUCUUCGGGAAUGUGAAUAAAUAACUGCAGUUUGGCAUUUUUACUAAAAUAAAAAAUAAAAAUCAACAAAAAAAAGCAUACUACUUUUCAGCUUGAAAAUUCACUAAUAACAGCAAUAAUGGAAUUUUAGCAUUAAAUAUAUGAUUUAGAUCUUAGAGCUUGUGCAUACAGGUGGAUUAACACAUUACAGAAACACAUUUGUCUUUACGUUUUAGUUUAGGUUAGCUUUCUUAUGAACCUUCCAUUUGGUGGUGAUCCAGUAAAUUUGCUGAUCACUGCAUACAUGUAUAAAUGACAGGGAUGUCUUCUGUUAUUGAUCAAAAUGAAAAUAUUCGCCUUUCUGAGGUGUUUGAAGUGUGUGAGAACCUUUGAAAGAUCUGUAAAUGUGUCAUGUUUUAAUGACGUGCUCUUUUCCGGUAACGCUUGAAUUCAGGUCUCAGGGUUUGUUUUCAAUCAAGCGCACACACAACAAAUCCACUCUUAAGCACCGCCACAUGUGAUCAGUCUUAAAUAAGCACUUAUCUCCUAAGCUAAUUACAAUCUGCAUGACUUCCAGAGGGGAGGAAAACUGUUAGUGAAUAUCUAUUAAAGCUAUAAUAAAACCCAUCAGAGAUGACACCCACCUUUCUGCUUGCAUACUCUGCAAUAACACGGCUGAGCUUUUGUUUAAAGACCAGAAGCCCUUCUGAAUAAUGAGUAUGUGGGAUUAGUGGAAGGUUUGAAGUACUGACUUUCUGUGAAAUUCACAUGUGAUUUAUUGCCUUGCUAUACCCACUAUUGUUCACACCUUUCCACUGCAACCACCUGGUGAGAGGAUCCCUACAAAGCCUCUCCAACGUCAGCAGUACCUGUGUUGCUGGUUUAACAAAGGGUUAAGUAUGGGUGUUCCCAUUUCCUGCAGCUCUCCCUCCCAGCCUGACUAAUCUCUCUCACUCUCUCCUCUCCUUACUAUCAAGAAGAUUUGGUGAGACUCCUAAGAACAAAGCUACAUAGAACCACUAGAAGUCUGAAAAUUGAAUGAAUCUACACAAGGAUUUAUUCUGUUAAUAUUCAGAAAAGAAACCUAGCUUUCUGUGGGAAUCGCAAGGCAAUUGCAUCAACCAACCCAACCAAAAUGGAGCUUCAGAAGAUGAACGGACACAGCAAAGACGAUGGGUUUGAUCCAAUCGAUGCCUUGGCCGAGCAGGAGGAGUUUCUCCCACAUAAACCUGGUGCAAAGAAAGAAACCCACUUUACAGAUUUCGAGGGAAAGACUUCGUUUGGCAUGUCCAUCUUUAACCUCAGUAAUGCCAUAAUGGGCAGUGGGAUCCUGGGACUGGCUUAUGCAAUGUCCAACACAGGGAUCUUGCUUUUUAUAAUCCUGUUGGUCUGCAUUGCUCUUCUGUCCGCAUAUUCAAUUCAUCUUCUGCUAAAAAGUGCUGGAGUUGUGGGCAUCCGGGCUUAUGAGCAGCUUGGAAAUCGGGCUUUUGGCCACCCAGGGAAAAUGCUGGCUGCUGUCAUCAUAACAGUACAUAACAUUGGAGCUAUGUCAAGCUAUCUCUUCAUCGUAAAGUCUGAGCUCCCACUGGUUAUUCAAGCUUUCUUCGGUAAACAGGAGAACACUGGAGAGUGGUUCUUGAAUGGAAACUACUUGAUCAUCAUAGUUAGUGUUCUCAUCAUCUUUCCUCUAGCACUCAUGAAACACCUUGGUUACCUUGGCUAUACCAGCGGUUUCUCGCUCUCCUGUAUGGUGUUUUUUCUCAUUUCGGUGAUAUACAAGAAAUUCAACAUCCCAUGUCCACUGGCAGAUGAUCAUCAUAACAAAACUGCUGCUGAGCAUUACAGUGUUGAUUCUACAGCAGAUGGCUUCUGUGAUUCCAAGCUAUUUACCAUGAACCCACAGACGGCAUACACCAUCCCAAUUUUGGCUUUUGCCUUUGUCUGCCACCCAGAAGUGCUACCAAUCUACACUGAGCUCCGAAAUGCCACCAAGAAACGCAUGCAGAAUGUUGCUAACAUCUCCAUCCUGGCCAUGUUUGUCAUGUAUCUGCUGACAGCUCUUUUUGGUUACCUCACUUUUUAUGGCGCUGUGGAGUCAGAGCUGUUACACACCUAUAUUCGCGUGGACCCACUGGAUGUCUUGAUCCUCUGUGUACGCCUGGCUGUGCUUGUAGCUGUAACUCUGACUGUUCCUGUGGUUCUCUUCCCGAUCCGCAAGGCCGUGCUUCAGAUCUUCUUCGCUGACAAGCCUUUCCACUGGGUUAGACACAUUGGCAUUGCCUUUUGUCUCCUGGUCGUGGUCAAUCUUCUUGUUAUCCUGGUGCCCUCCAUCCGUGACAUCUUUGGCAUUAUUGGAGCCACAUCUGCCCCCAGCCUCAUUUUCAUCCUACCCGCAAUUUUCUAUAUCCGAAUUGUUCCUGAAGACCAGGAACCCCUGCGGUCAAGAUCUAAGAUUCAGGCCAUAUGCUUCGCUGCAUUGGGAUUUGUCUUCAUGGUCAUGAGUUUGUCAUUUAUUAUCAUUGACUGGGUGACUGGAGAGAGUCAAAGUGUAGGUGGGCACUAGCUGCUAUAACUGAACAGAGGUACUGCACACAGAACGUCAACCAAAGCCCUCUUUUUCAUUAAAUUAGCCCCAUCUUCUCAUCCAAAGCCAAACUAGAAAGUUUGACUACACAAGAUGAAGGAUAACGUGAAGAGCCUUCGCCUACAUCAAAAAAAACAGGAAAGUGUUUUUACAUGUGAUGGAGCAGGCGAUAUGUCCUGUACCGGAGGAGAGAACACAAAUGUAUGAAAAUACAAAGCAAAGUGUUCUGCCUCGAUCAGUCCUGUCACAGCUCAAACUAAGGAUUUUGUUUGGGGUCAUAUAUAGAUUUGCAGCAAAUGCUUUGAAUGAGAAAAAAAGUGGAAAUUCCGUUUUUGGAUGUGGACAGUUCCUUGGAAUUGCUCAGUCAAUGUCUACAUUUCACAAAUCUACUUCCCUACCAUGUCAGAUUUUACAGAACUUACAUGUAUUAGUUUUGUAAGGCAAUAUUUUCUUUGCCUGAGACAUUUGUCAGCUAUGGUUUACUUUUACUUUUAUGACUGACAAAUCUGCCAUUUCCCCAAACUUUACCGUUUCAGCUAAUUAUGGCCUUCGAGGGUUAGUCUGCAGUUCCACACAAACAACUGCUUAUGAUCAAAAAUGUUUUCAGUGAAUUUAACAUGGAUUCUAAUCAAUGCGUUUAAUGUGAUAUUUCAUCCAUUUAAAAAAAAAUUACUGUCACAAUUAUGGUCAUCGUGAAGUUUCCCAGUGACCUGGCAAAAUACGGUGCAAUUUAUGGGAUUUCUUUUUUUGUUUUUUGCUGCUGUUCAUGAAGGUCAAACAGACAGUCAUGUGUGAGAGGUUUGUGAAAACCGAAACAAAGUUUUUAUGUGAGCCUGAACAUCCAUAAUUGAAAACCAAAGAAUCUAUUUAUUAUGUCACAUUGUGAAAGUGUUUCUUUUUCUUUCUUUUUUUUAACAUGCUUGGCAAAGACCAGUUAAAGUUGUACAUGAAUUCAUCCAGUGUUAUAAAUGCUGCGUAUGUUUAAUCAGUACCAGAAACUUUUCAUUGUGUUCAAUAAUGGCUUCAAAGUGGACCUGUUAUGCUUUCACUGUUUUUAUCUCAGUCAUAUACAUAACUCUUACAAGGGGUGUGCUCAUCUUAAACAAGUUUGAAGUACUGAGGUUAGCAAGUCCAAGUAAUCCUGAGAGCAGAAAGCUCAGACUUCAGACUGCUCUAAAUGCUCAUUUCCUUAUUUGUGACAGUUUUUAGCUGCUGCUGCAUAAGAUCUUUAUUUGCUGUUUGAACCAUCUGCUGUUCAAAACCUCUGUUUGCAAAGGACAGUUGGUCAGAAAGAAGUCUGUUGAAAGGACUUUGGGUGCUCUGGACCAUCUGAGGGCUUGCAGUAAAGUCCACUAAGCAUUAUUUCAAAUGAAGCAUGCAAAGCUGUUCUAAUAGACUGAAAUACUCAAAAUACGAAGCACAGUGGGUCCUCUUUAAGCAAGAAUUAGUGAAGUCCUUUUUUUGUUUUUAAAAUGUGACUAAGAGACCUGUUAACAUUGUAAUUCAUCCUGUACAUUUUUAAAUUAAUUUGAAUGUUGUUAACUGUCAAUAAAAUGUGUUUUAUUUGUA